AUGGUGUCGGGGACGAUAAUCCACAACGUUGGCUUCUUCUCGGCGUCGCGGGCACAGAUCCAGGACGCGGAGCGCAACCGCAGGAAACGAUGCGCCGCCUCAGCUGCCGCGAAGCGACGGGGGGAAAACGUGAAGGUGGAGAAGUUCCGCCCCAUCGACAUGCUUCAUGAAGACGAGCAUGGACAGUACUGGUCCUACCACCUCUUCGAGUACGGAAAGAACAAGGAGGGAUACUGGAGGAGCGGGCUCAGGAUGCUGGACCACAUGUCAGACGUGCUCGACAUGUUCACAGUUCUCUACCCUGAGCACAAGCCUGGAGGCCUGUUCGACUUGUCGUCCUGUCAUGACUGCAUGGAGGUCGGCGCACCGUCGGUGAAGAGAAUGAACUUGGGUGUCGGUGGUGUGAGGAACGGAGAAGAGCUUGCGCCGAUGGACCCCGUGACCAUCCUCGAAGAUACCCCGAACCUCCCAGCCGGCACGGUACAGCACUUGGUGUUUCGGAGGGGGGACGAUCCCCCCUUCCACUCCCCGCAUCUCAAGCCGGCGCAAUAUGUCGGAAAGUUGAAAGGAAUGCGGCAGAUUUUGUGGGAGAGGGGGCUCCUGGUCAAAGGCAUGAGUAAGACGGGGGGCUCGGGCGAAAAGCAGGACCUCAGCAAGAGCAUGGAGCACGUUUUGGGAGAGCAGAAGGACUUCAAGGAAGUUGAUUCUAGUCUGGUGCUGUUGAUGCAGCGCCACGGGGGGGCCUGUCUCAUGCUUCCUAAGUACCACUGCGAGUGUAACCCCAUCGAGCUUGUUUGGGGCCGAGCGAAGGACUGGACUCGAAAGAACUGCAAAUAUUCGUUGGAAUGCUUGCGCAAGAACGUGCCGCUGAGUUUUAGACCAGAGAAGGAUAGACAGGCUGUUUCGGUAGUCCAGGGCUACUGCAAGAAGGCGUACACACACGCCCUCAUGUACCGCGAGACGCGUGUGCAAGGGCCUGAGGGCAAGAAGACGUACAAGAAGUACAAGUCGCACAGGCGCCCGACCCCGAAGGAAUGGAGGCCGUAGAGUCGAUGGCGCAUUCUUGUUCAUUGAGCUGUAUUUGUUCAGUUUUUUUCCGUGUGUCUGGUGGGAAUGUUGUACAAAAAUGGAGCAUUUUUGUUGAAAACGACCAAUUUUUGUGAUGUAUGUACGCUAUAGGUGCGGCAGAGGCAUUUGCAUAGUGUUUGAGGGCGUUCCUGUGCACGUAUGGGUGGUUUGGUAUGAAAAAAAAAAAAGGAUUAGCAACAUAUAUCGGGGAAAAGUUGCUCUAGGGCCAAUUUCGUGGGUUCGAGACCCGCCGCGAGCAUCUUUUUUUCUUUUUUUUCUCUUUU